AUGCUUGUUCAUUUCAUUCAAGUAGUUAAAAAUUCUCCACCUGAACGGGCAACUACUUUCAAAACUAUUCCUAUACAAAAAGAUUCAGUCACUGUUCAAUGGUCGCGCCUGUUUCAUAUUAUGUUUGUCGAACUAUCACACAAAAUUUACUAUUUUAUAGUUGCCCAAAAUACAUACAAUCAAUCGACAAUUAUCAAUAAGAUUAUAAAUCCAUCAGAUAGGUGUGAAAACAUUAAUGAAUUUUUCAAUGAAACUAUUGUUAACUGGCAUCUUCUUCACCGUAUCAAAUGCUAUCAUCUACCAUUUCAUCAAAGACAAUCGCCACAUAAUCUAUCAUGCUUCUACGAUGAUGUUCAUCUUUAUCUUCGUGAAAACUAUGGUAAUCAACGUUUGGCUAACUGCUUUGAGUUCGAACAUAACAUGAAAUUCGAUUGUUCUGGUCAAAGUGGAUGUGAAAAUGGAGCUCGCUGCUUCCAAGAUAGUCCUCUUUGUGCUCAAACAUCGAUUUGUACAUGCCCAGAAUGUUUUUAUUGA